AUGCGUCCCAGGACCAAAGCUGUCCCAAGACCGCAGCUGUCCCAAGACCGCAGCUGUCCCAAGACCGCAGCUGUCCCGGAAAUUAUUCAGAAGUUUGACGGAAGCGCCACUUUAGAAAUUCGGGCGAGUGACGAAGAUAUUCGCGUCUACUUGGGCGGCCGCGCCUCGGAGCUGCCGAAAUGCGUAGGCCGUACGCCCGGGCUACAAGACGAGAUAAAGAACGGCAUCCUCCAGGCCGCCGACGGCAUGUUUCUUCUCGCACAGCUUCAUUUUGACUCCCUAAGAGGGAAGAAAUCCGCUACGGCAGUGCGCACUGCAUUAAAAGGACUUCCGGCCGGAUCGGAGGCAUAUUACCGCGCCUUCAAGGAUGCUAUAGAACAAAUCGAAGGACAGCUUGCAGACGAGGUCGAGGUUGCUUAG